AUGAGUAGAAUGUGUCCUGCAUGUGGCUCAGAUGGUGGAUAUCACUGUAAAAUAUGCAACCGUCCCAUCUGCCAGGAGUGUGAAGAAAGGGAUAGUUUUUUUGCCCUGGAUGGUGAAUACCCGGUGGGGUACUGUAAAUCCUGUCUGGAGAAGUAUGCCAAAGAGUUGUUACAAAUGGAUGGUUUGAGUCCUUACUCCACUCCUCUGGGAAGCCCUGUACUCUCUCUGUCAAGCUAUGGGAGUUGUUUUUCAAGCUUUGGUGAUUUCCCUGCUGAUAUGAGUUCACAAAUCAGGGGCGAUGAUUCUCUGGAUACUGGUCAAAAGCAUCCAGACCUACGAUUUACCGAGCAAUUAGAAGAUCAUGGAAAUGGAAAUUCAUUUAAAGAUACAGAUGUUCAGCCUUCUUAUGCUAAGGCCCAAGUAGAUGGAUCAAGAAUUCCUAUAUCAGCAGAAGGAAAAGAUUCAUCCCUUACAUUAGCAUCAGAGGGUCAUGGAGAUGGUAGUGGUGAGAAUUCUGGAGUUUAUAAUGGCAUGUCUGUUGAUGCUCAAUCCUCGAGAACUGGUAAUGAUACAGGUGGGACAGGGAUUGCUGGCAACAAUAGUAGUCUACAAUUCUUAUCCAGUUUCGAAAAAGAUUCUCUAAUCUGGAAACCACCUGAACCAGAAUAUGUGGAAGAUGACAUGGAUAGUGUUGCUAAUAAUGAUGAUGAUGAUGAUCAGUAUGGUGAUGGUAUAAAAUGGGCUCAAUCAAGUUCUUUAAACAGUCUUAAUGUAGAAAAUGGGAAUACUCACAGUUAUAAAGAAGAACGGCAAAAGGCAAUGUUGAAAGCAAUGAAUGGACAGUUCAAAAUUAUGGUAAGUAGAUUUUUGGCCUCUGAGGGCCUUGCUUUUUGUGGCAGAGAGGGGGGUGAGAGUUGGCUUGACAUUGUGGCUUCACUAUCAUGGGAAGCUGCAUUGCUUGUCAAGCCAGAUGCUAGUAAGGGAAAGGCAAUGGAUCCGGGAUCAUAUGUGAUGGUGAAAUGCAUUGCAUCCGGUACUCGCAAUCAAAGUCAGGUGAUCAAAGGCUUAGUUUUCAAGAAGAAUGCUGCACAUAAGCACAUGCCGACCAAGUUUCAAAAUCCUAGACUUCUACUUCUUCAGGGAGCCCUAGGGCAUUCUUCAGUUGGUUUGUUAUCAUUUGACUCAAUGGUACAGGAAAAGCAUUAUUCAAGGUCUAUAAUUGAGAUGAUAGAUUUAUGGCAGCCACAUGUAGUUCUGGUAGAGAAAACUGUUUCACGUGACAUACAAGAAUUUCUUCUUGCAAAAGGAAUCACUCUGGUCUUUGAUAUGAAGCUCUCGCACUUGCAAAGAAUUGCACAAUGUACUGGUUCUCCCAUCAUUUCUUCUGGUGAUGUUCUGAUGAAAGUGAAUCUGAGGCAAUGUGACUCUUUCCAUGUUGAAAGGUUUGUGGAUGAGCAUAACAUCUGUGGUGAAGAUGGAAAGAGGCCCUGCAAAAAUUUAAUGUUUUUAGAGGGUUUUCCAAAACCUUUGGGUUGUACAAUAUUGCUGAAAGGAGCACAUAGUGAUGAACUGAAGAAGAUUAAGCGUGUGAUGCAGUACACAGUCUUCGCAGCGUACCAUUUGAUUCUUGAAACUUCAUUCUUUGCAGAUCAAAGAUUAUUUUUAUCUGAUAAGAAUUCUGUAAGAGAGGGAUCUGGUUCUUCUAGGGCUAAGCCAAUGCCUUUUGCUAGUCGUGAUGCUGCACCUUAUUCAGAUAUUUCUAGUAUUGAAGGUUCCACUUCUAGCAUUACCUCAGCACAUGCUUUAGAUGUUCAAAUUUCUGAUGGACAACCAGAAAAAUAUGCUCAUGGUCAAAUGCCAUCAAUUUCUGAUGUGGCUGCUGAAAAGCCUUGUGCCUCACCUGAAUUCGAAGCUGAUGUUAGUUCGACUGGAGAUAGUAUUAAUUGCAGAGAUUUGUAUUUUGACAUACCCUGCAACAAUGGAAUCCCAAAGUCUGAUUCAUCAACAUUGUUUCACCCUAGCCAGCUUCUAUCAUCUGUCCCAGUUUCUCUUGAGAAAUGUCUAGGAGAAAGCUUUCGGUCUCACACUUCUGAGUCUGUUUCAUCAUUUUUUGGCUGCAAGGAGAAGAUGCCUGAUCUCCCUAUUUCUUCAUCUUUGCAGAUGCUUGAUCAUGAUAAAGUUAAAACUGCUAAUAUUAAUCAAGAAAAGCCAGAUGAAAGAAACAACAACAGUGAAAAGUUUGGGCUUUCCUCCGAUUUCUCUGAGUCUAUUGAGCAUUGCAGUUCUGAGGUUGGCAACAAAGUUAAAGUGCUAAAACAGGAUGACAUUCAGAGUGUCUCAGAUCCUCAAAGCAUAGUGGUUUUGCUGUCUAGGCAGUGUAUCACAAAACAAGUUGUUUCGGAGCAGAACCAUCUUUCUCGUAUAAAAUAUUAUGGGAAUUUUGAUGUAUCGCUGGGGCGAUAUCUGCAAGAUGUUUUACUCAACCAGAAACACAUUUGCUUAUCAUGUGGUGAACCACCAGAAUCACACGUAUACUGUUACACCCAUCAGAAUGGAAAUCUUAGUAUUCUUGUCAGGCGACUUCCUCCAGAGUCAUGUCUGUCUGGCGAAGGUGAAGGAAAGAUCUGGAUGUGGUCCCGAUGCUUAAGUUGUGAGCAUGAAGGUGGGAUCCCAAAAUCUACGCGAAGGGUUGUGCUUUCAAUUGCAGCACGUGGCCUCUCAUUUGGGAAGUUCUUAGAGCUCAGCUUUUCGAGCCACUCUGCAGCCUGUCGGUUAUCUAAAUGUGGACAUUCAUUGCACAGGGACUGUCUUCGGUUUUUUGGAUUAGGCUCCAAAGUUGCCAUGUUCAGAUAUUCAUCGAUUGAAAUCUAUGGUGCGUGUAAGCCACCACCAGUCCUAGAGUUCCAAAAUCCCCAUGGACAAGAGUGGCUUAAGCACGAAUUGCAAAAUGUUCUGGCUAGAGCACAUCUGUUUUUCUCUGAGGUUGCAAACUUGCUGCUGAAGUUGAAGCCUAAAGAUUCUGGCCCAAUCUCAAAAGACUAUAUGGAUAUAUCAGGUUCAGUUAAAAAAUUUUCUGAAGUGGAAGAGAUGCUGAUUCAAGAAGAAACUGAGUUUGAGGCUUAUUUGCGAAAAGCUAUAAAUCAUAGUGGGCAGCAUGAGGUUCUUGGUUUAAAUUGGCUAAACCAGGAGCUUCUCCUUCUGCUGUAUGUUUGGGACCGUCGUUUGCAUCACCUUGUACAGCACAAACAAGUCCAGCAAGAGAAGGAUGGCAGCACCUGCAACACGUAUGCUGAAAGGGAUAGGCAAGAAAAUGGUGAAAAGGUUUUGGAAGCUGCAAGUCAGAUUCUUAAAGGCGUUGAUGUGUCCUCUUCUUCCAGUGGAAACUAUCAUGCUCAAGAUAUACAAACUGAGCCGGAAACUGCAUCAGCUGAUGACUUCGGUGACACGAGCAGCAGAGCCCAAAAUUUUCUUGAUGCAGGGUUUGCUGAAAUUGGAAGUGCAUCAAGGCAGCUUUCUGAUAGAUCCACAUUUGAGGAGCAUUCAUCGUCUUUUCUUGAACAACAUUGUACUAGUAGACUAGCUGAUGUUUCUACUCCUACUGGAGGUAGCAAGAAUGGUCAAGAAGCAUGCAUUCCUAUUUCUGAUGAUAUGCUGCGCGUAGGCAGCUCUAUCCAAGUUACAAGAGAACCAAACCUUGGAAUGGUUACUGAUCUAGAACUAAAAGCUAAUAGUGGUUUAAUGCCUGCCAUGUCUUUGUCCAAGGAACAUCUAAGAAUGUCCCAGGAGUUUUGCAAUUCCAAAGUAGAAGACCCAGACAAAUGGAUCUGGCCUCCUUUUUCUGAAUUGCGUGGGGCAUGCAAAAAGGAUCUUCAUGGUGGUUCACUGCAAAAGUUUGAAUUUAUUAAUACCUACACUCCAAUCUACCUAUCUCCAAUGUGUCAACCAUCUGCUCCAGAAAUGAACUUGUACUUCACAGUUGGUCCAGGUGGCAAUGUUUUGUCAGUUUUAGAGGAUGAGAUAUCGAGUAUAAUUGCUUGUGGACUAGCCAUACUUGAGGAUCGGUACCGUAACUUGGCUGAAAAGGAAGCAGAGAAGAGCAAAGGAGAGACCGAUAAAACAACAGUAAAUUCUAACACCCAUAUAUCCAAUGGUUCUGUCCAUUCAUCUGUUUGGUCAUCCACUGGAUCCUUAGACUAUGAAGGAAUCCACUCAUUGCAGAGUGGUUCAUCAUGUUUGUCCAAGGAGUUAUCCACUGAUGGUUCAUCAUCUGUGCAUCGCCAGUUAGCUUCAGAAGAUCUGCAUCCUGAAAUUCCUGUGGGAGCUGGAAAAGUUGCUGGAAAGUGUAAAUAUUUGGUAGUGUGUAUAUAUGCAGAACAAUUCUAUGCUCUCAGGAAGAAAUGCUGCCCAUCAGAAUUAGCUUAUAUAUCUUCCCUAAGCCGUUGCAAGAAGUGGGAUGCACAAGGAGGGAAGAGUAAAGCAUCUUUUGUAAAAUCAAUGGAUGACAGGUUCAUUAUAAAAGAAAUUAAGAAGACAGAGCUUGAUUCCUUUAUAAAGUUUGCCCCUGAUUAUUUUAAGUACAUUUCUGACUCUAUAGAAUCGGGAAGCCAAACAUGCCUUGCUAAAAUCUUGGGAAUAUACCAGGUUAGACGUUACAAAAGUGGCAAAGAGGUUAAAACUCAUCUAAUGGUGAUGGAAAAUCUUCUCUUUGGACAUCAUGUUUCACGUACAUAUGAUCUUAAAGGAGCUGUCUUUUCUCGAUAUGUUUCAGAUGCAAAUGAACAUGAAAAGGUUCUUUUGGAUCAAAACUUUGUUGAAGACAUGUGUGUAUCGCCCAUUUAUAUUGGUGGGAAGACAAAACAUCUUCUGCAACGUGCCAUUUGGAAUGAUACAUCUUUUCUUACUUUAAUCAAUGUCAUGGAUUAUUCCUUACUUGUCGGAGUGGAUAAACAGCAGCAUAAGCUUGUGUUUGGCAUUAUAGAUUACUUGAGGCAGUAUACAUGGGACAAGCAACUUGAGACAUGGGUGAAGUCUUCUCUAAUCGUUCCUAAAAAUUCAUUGCCCACUGUGAUUUCCCCAAAAGAGUACAAGAAAAGAUUUAGGAAGUUUAUGACUAAAUAUUUCAUGAUGAUCCCAGAUACUUGGAGUUCUGAACGUUGCUCAGAACCCUGCAAGUUUUGUUUCGAUGACAGCAUCAAUUCGUCUGAUGCACACAUGACAAAGGUUCCAGAACCACCAAAUGAGGCAUGA